GUCGGUGGCGCGCCUAAGUAUCCUCGAGAGCGCGCAUCAAGCUUGACAGCAUAAUGCGCGCUCCCGUGCUCCCCCGGAUGCGUGUUUACUCAGUCUCGUCUCUCCACCCUUGAAAUGAGAGAGGUACGGAGUAGAAGGGACAUCGUUUUGCAAGAAAACCUCCACGAACGGACAUCCAAGACCAAGACCGUGCGACAGACGAGGGCGAAGCGCGAAGAGUCCAGGUGUAGCUCGUGGAACAAUUGAUUCGACACCAAGGUCAAUUAUCUUUCUAUUAAAAAAAAAAAACUUCAGACACGGAGAAAUCACGAACCUCUGAGGAUGGAGCAGGCAUACGGGGCUGGCAAGGCUGGCGGCACCUUCGAUCCAAUCACGUUCUUUCAGCAGCCGCAGAUUAUUCUUCGAAUAGUGUCAUGGAUCUUUUCCAUUGUGAUCUUUGGAUGCAUUGCUAACGAGGGCUAUGUGAACCGUCCGGACGAGGUGGAGGAGUUUUGCAUCUUUAACCGCAACCAGAAUGCCUGCAACUAUGCCGUGGGUAUGGGAUCCCUGGCCUUCCUCUGCUGUGCUGUUUUUAUGGCACUGGACGUCUACUUUCCUCAGAUAAGCAGCGUUAAAGACCGCAAGAAGGCUGUGUUAGCUGAUAUUGGUGUUUCAGCCUUCUGGUCUUUCGUGUGGUUUGUGGGAUUCUGUUUCCUGGCCAAUCAGUGGCAGGUGGCUAAACCAGAAGAUAACCCCCUGAAAGAGGGCGGAGACGCAGCCAGAGCAGCCAUCACCUUCGCCUUCUUCUCCAUAUUUACUUGGGCCGGUCAAGCUUUUUUGGCGUUCCAGAGGUACAAGUUAGGUGCGAGCUCGUCUCUCUUCUCUCAGGACUAUACUGAUCCCAGCCAGGAUCCCGCAGGAGUGCCUGCUGCAGGCACCGAGUACACCGGAUACAGCCCUGACAUGGAGGCCAAUUAUGACGGCUCUGGUGGAUACCAGAACCAAGACUACUAGAGUUGAGUAUAAGGAUGUACACAACAGCCUUAACAAGCUAGGCUGACUGGGUUACAUAGGGAAAACUAAAUAUUUAGGAUGAAAAGGAACUUAUUUUGGGGUAGAAUAUGGGGACCAAAGCAGGCUGACAGGAAUUCAGGGGUUUGUUUGGUGCUAAAGGUUAAUCAGAUUGAUUGAUCUAGAUGUGGGUCCAUGCUGGAUUAGUACACUUUAUCCAGAUUUGUGAAAAGAAAUUUAAAUUAAACUUAUGGAACUUUGUCUAUAAAACAAUUAUAGGAACUAACUAGCUUAAUAUUGGCCAUACAGUCGAAGGGAAUAAACCUGACCAAACUAAAUAUUUCUAAAGACCACAAUGUCUUUUUGUAGGUAAAAUGUAGGCGCUUCAAUGAAAUAUAGGCUAUAUGUGACCCUGGAGCACAAAACCAGUCUUAAGUCACUGGGGUACAUUUCUAGCAAUAGCCAAAAAUAUAUUGUAUGGGUCAAAAUUAUAGAUUUUUCUUUUAGGCCAAAAAAUUAUUAGUACAUUAAGUAAAUAUCAUGUUCCUUGAAGAUAUUUUGUUAAUUUCCUAAUAUAAAUAUAUUCAAAUGUAAUAUUUUAUUAGUAAUAUGCAUUGCUUAAAACUUAAAUUGGACAACUUUAAGGGCGAUUUCCUCAAGAUUUAGAUUUGUUUGCACCCUCAGAUUCCAGAUUUUCAAAUAGUUGUAUCUCGGUCAAAUAUUGUCCGAUCAUAACAAUACCAUACAUCAAUGAAAAGCUUACUAAUUCAGCUUUCAGGUGAUGUAUAAAUCUCAAUGUAAAAGAUUUGACCUUUAUUACUGGUUUUGUGGUCCAGGGUCACAUACUGUAUAUCAUUAACCCUUCACCUGUCACUAGAACAGAUACUGCAUUGAUAGCUCUCUGCUGCCAUGUUGUCAAUGCAGGGAUCUUAAAAGAUCAUUUUUAAUAGUAUCAUGUUUGGGAUUAAAUCAGUCUCUGCACUGUACCAAGAGAGAAACUGUAUGAUAUAGCCUGUAAUGUAAUACAGAGAGUGAAAAAUAUUGAGAGAAAAAAAAUGAGAUAACUAUUUUGAAAGCUGCUCAACUGCAAGGUUUUUUUUUGUUUUUUUUAAUUGUGCAGCUAUGGUUGCAUUAUUAAAGAUAUUUUUCUUUACAGAAAGGCAUCAUUUCAUGUGCACAGUGGUUGGACUCUUAAGCAACAUUAUGUCUGUAAUUACACAAAAUAUCAAACCAAUGUUGUUUAUUUUAAAGAAAGACAUAAUAGGCACACUUUUCAAGCCGAGGAUUUCACACAAAGUAAUUUGUUGGUUUAUAAAUUCUGUAACUAUGGACCAAUUGUAAGACAUCACCAAAUAAACUAAAUUGCAUGGGCAGAAAGCUCCCAUGUCUAUCGGCGAUAGAUUAUCAAUAGACAAAGCACAGCCCACACAGAAACCACAUUCAAACAGACGUCACACCUCAACCUCCCUGAAAUGAGUUUUGGCAGGGUGGGAUGUGUGAAACCAGUGCAUCUUCUGUUAGUGAAUGGAUAUACUCGUGUUGACCUAAUGUGAAAUCUGGUGGGAUAUUUCCCCCUCACUCCAAACUCCUGAUCGUGUGAAUUUCUUUUGAAAUGACUGAAUUUAGCCACACCUUUAAUAUGAUAAAAACCUGUGUGAAAUUGGGCUACAUAAACUACAAUCACCUCCGAGUCAGUUCAUGCAUUUUAAAGUGUGACUUAAGAGUCCACAUAUGAUUUAGGACCGCUGUGCAUGUCAUCUUCGUCAUGGUAAAUGUUUACAUUUUUAUCUAGACUAGACAUAAUGACGUUUGACGUUGUUAUUAAUAGGCUUUUAAUCACGAAUGUAAACAAUGUGGUGCAACACUAACAUCCCUAGACUUUUGAAACUUUUUGUGAGGGAAAAUGGCCAGGCUAACACUAGGCUGCUUACUAAUGCUUUAUGCGUCACUCUAAAAAUGUGAACGAAAAUGAGGCAGAGCCCCUGAGCAUGAAAAAUUAGCACAUUGUCUUAAUAUGUCAAAUUAGUGCUAAUGACUACAGAAGACAAACCCAGCCAAUACCUCACAAUCCUGUUAGGAAGAACAGACUAAUAGACUUCAUUUCAAUGCUAAUGCUAAUGUGUCAAACCUUUAGGGCAAAUGGUUGUCAUUAUAAUGGUCUGUCACUUGUGGAAAUAGUAUUCAUGAUUAUGUACGCUAAUGAGUUCCUUUGUAGCACCCCUAAUAUUGUUCUCUUGCAAUCUUUUUUUUUUUUUUAUCAUUUCCAUUUUUUUUUUAUCAUAGUUACUGUAAAAUCUCUUGCACUAGAGCAGCAGUGUUGCGUUACAGAGAAAUUAUUUUUUAUUUUGAAUUAAGUUUAAAAUAAAAAUAUAAAUUGUUCAUAAUUAUGUAUCUGAAUAUAUAAAACCAGCAUAUUUUUAUUUAAUGACAAAGAUGUAAUAUAUUAUUAAUUACACAAGAUAUCUUUAUAGAUUUAUUACCAAAAUAACUGUCAUAAAUAAUAAUAUUAAUUGUGUAUUUUGCAUUUAUAAGUGUUGUAGCAUAACAUUUAUCCUUUAUCUGUUUAGAAAGUGAUAGUGUUUUCUGAAUCAGGAAACUUUUCUCUUAUUUUAUUUUUUUGUUGAAACUCCUGAACAAGGAAAGCUUCAAUACAAUCAAUAUACUAUAUAGGUGAUGUAUCAGAUGUGUUCUUAUAUAAUGUAUAUGUGCAGUUAUGGAGCUGGGAUAAAAAAUAUAUUCUUUUGAUGUGGUGACUGUCCAUUAACUGAAUCACUAGAUUAAAAUGGCUCGGUGUAUUUUGUCCUGUCUUGUAUGUUGCUUGUCUGGUAAGAUGUCUGAUAUAGCUGAAAAUAAAAGAAAAAAAUUGACUGAUGGA